ACACACACACACACACACACACACACACAAGAGAGAGAGAGAGAGAGAGAGAGAGAGAGAUGAAGCAGGGAAAGGCAGUGGUGGUGGGAGGGAGCAUAGCAGGGAUGUCGUGCGCGCACACGCUAGCGGCAGCAGGGUGGGAAGUGGUGGUGCUGGAGAAAACCAUGUCUGCUCCAACUAGCUGCACCACCGGAGCUGGACUCGGACUCGAUAAGCUCUCCCACAAAAUCAUCCAACCAUGGCUUAAACAUCCCGAAACGCUCGACCUCAUGACAUUGCCAUUGACCGUCGAGUAUGAUCAAGCAACAGAUGUGGACAAGAACAUUAGUCGGACACUGGCAAGAGACCCGAGUUUCAAUUUCAAAGUAGUGCACUGGUCCGAUCUCCAUAGGCUUCUUUACGAGUCCUUACCGCCGGAGGUUGUUCUCUUGUGGGGCCACUUCUUCUUAUCCUUGUCGAUUUCCGAAGAUAAAAGUUCGGUCAAAGUGGUAGCUAAGCUCCUCCAAACCGACGAAACUGUCGAGAUAGUUGCCGAUCUUCUUGUCGCAGCUGAUGGUAGCCUCUCUCCUAUACGAAAACAUUUUCUCCCUGAUCACAAACUCAGAUAUUCGGGUUAUUGUGCAUGGAGAGGUGUAAUCGAUUAUUCAGACAACGAGAACUCAGAAACACUAAAGGCAAUCAAGAAGGCUUACCUUGAUCUCGGUAACUCUUGUUAUUUCGACUUAGGCUCAGAAGGGCAUGUUGUCUUUCAUGAGUUAAUCAACCGAAGGUUCAAUUGGGUUUGGUAUCUCAAUCAAGAAGAGCCUCGUUUCGAGGGAAAUUCACUCACAACAAAAGUUAGCCAAGACAUGAUUGAGAAUAUGUACGAAUUAGCAGAGAAAGUUUGGAUACCUGAACUGGUGAAAGUGAUGCGAGAAACGAAAGACCCGUUUCUGAACGCGAUAUACGAUAGCGAGCCAUUAGAGCAGAUUUAUUGGAACAAUGUGGUUCUGAUUGGAGAUGCAGCUCACCCUAUAACGCCUCACAGUGCAAGAGCCACCAACAUGUCGGUACUCGAUGCUGCAGUGUUGGGCAAAUGCCUAGAGAAGUGGGGCCCGCAGAAUCUUGGCUCGGCCCUCGAAGAGUAUCAGUCUAUCAGGCUGCCGGUUGCUAAAGAGCAAGUUCUUUACUCACGAAGAUCGGGCUGCAUAAAACAACGCUUACCUGUCUCUGGUCGGGAGAUAUUUGAUCCUAUGACAGCAAGUGAAGAAGAAAGCAAAGUGCUGCAGAUAAGGAAUACACCUUAUUUCAAUGUUAUGCCAUCCAUUUUGAUGUAAUAAGUGUGGGGCACCCUCUGGAUGUGUAUUCCCAGCACGAGUUUUCUUAUCUGUGUGUUUCAACUAUCAAUAAAUAUGUGUCAAAUAAUUGAGUCCAUGUAAAAUUUCUCAGAAUUUGAGAGUAAGCGAAAACCAAAUUCGACACUGCCUAAUUCAGAGACAAAAAAA